AUGUAUACGCAUUUGGCUCAAUAUCAGUCUUUUUGUUGGAAGCAUUGGGAUAUCACUGUACCCAAUGUAUUGUUUGAGAAAAAGGAAAAUGAACGUAUGAAUCCUACGUUGAUGGGAUGGUGGGGUCCUGCAAAAGGUGUGCCUAUCCUUGUCUUUGUCGCUACAGAUAUUCCCUGUCAAACUAUUGUGCCUGCAACCAUCAAAAAAUUUCAAGAUGUGCUACAGACAAGAGUCAAGACCAUGUUUCGUGCUCUUCAUUUGAUACCCUUAAAACCAGACAACCCUGUUGAGGUCAGAUCUUUGUUUCUCUUACCUUCUGGAUCGCAGCCUAUUAUUCAUAUUGUGCCCCAAGCACCGAUAGAAAAGCCUCCUGUCUAUGGGUUUGGUGAGCCUGUGUCGCUUCGUUCUUGUUUACAAACAGACCCUGAGCCUGUCUUGUUAUAUCACGAAUACAGCGAUAAAUUACUCAAGAACUUCGUCUCCAUUUGGACCAAGACAGCUGUCUCUCGUCAUCCAUUGCAUGCCAGAAAAGGGGAUAAACCUGUACCAUUACCAACGGGUCUUCAGUUAGCUUCUGCUAUUGUUUCUCUGGCAUCUUUUAUCUUUCAAAAACCAUUGACAGAAGACGGCGUGGAUUUCAAAAAGGUCAUUACAACGCAGUUUCCUAAUACAAAGGGUAUGAUUCAACAAAUUGAAGUCAUUCUAAGGAAAAAGAUCAAGGACACAAUAGACAUUGAGCGUGUGUUCUCUAAAAGUCAUUCUAUGGACAUUAUGCAAAAAUGCAAUGAAGCUUAUCUACAAGAUUCGCCUCCAUUCUAUACCGAGAAAUAUCACCUUUGGAAGCGAAAUAACGUGAUGCGUAUGUAUCAAUUGUUAGCUCGAGGUCCUUGCAUGGAAGAAUUUGCUGCUCGUCUAAGCCGUGAAUGUGAUUUGAUUUGGAAACAAGGCAGACAAAGCUGCGAGCAAGUCAGUUUGACAGGAAGAGCGUGUCGUUUGAAGAUUGGCCAUGAAAACGAAACAACACAAAAAUCAAGAGAUGAACGCGCCUUCUUGGACACAACAAGACACAAUAGUGGAUUCCAGUUCUUUCAUGCAUGUAAUUGUGGUAAAUCUCAGCGUAUUCGUGAAGAUCCUUUUGAUUUACAAGAGGCCAAUAUCACUUUUUAUCAGAAAUUCACUUGUUGUUUAACGCAUGGAAGAGCAGCACUGGAUAUCAGACAGAGUACAUUUGGUGAAUCACAACAAUUGGUACUCAAGGCAGACAGUAUACCUGAAGACGAUGCUGUCCUGUUGUGUUUGGGUCCUUCGAGUGCCUACAAGAACAAUAUAGGGUUGGAUAAAGUAGAAGGGUUUAUGACCAGUACCAAUUUUUUGAUUCCUUGGUCCAUGACUACUGUGCAUGAAGUCAAAUUACGCCAACAACAACAAGAGCAACAGCAGACAAUGACCAAAACUGCUGCCUUGCACGAUUCCACUGAAUGGCCUGUGUUGGGCAAAAUACCUACACCUCCAAAAUCAUCCCCUCAGACAUCUGCCGUCGCUUCUUUAGAAGCCUUUCCUGCCUUGGGAACCAAUCCUACUCAUUCUACACCCACCAAACAACUCUUUGAUACUCGACGUAAGCGUCAUAACCGUGCUCGUGAUCGUAUUCAGGGCCUUGUCCGUGGUUAUUUGGGUGCAGAAUACGAAUGCCCUCAAGGACACCGAUUCUUGAGCUGCGGAGAAGGCAGAGUAUGUAAAUUAGGCCAUGUAGGUCAUCCUAAAGAACACGGUAACUACUUUGUACAUCAAGAUUUACCUAUUCAUGUUGUCUGUCCUUGCAACACAAAUGUCACUGCUCAGCUGUUGCGUUUGUAUGUUGUGACACCCGACGAUGCUGUCACUAUCUCGAUGGAACCCAAAAUCAAAAUCGGCUCUCAUGUAGUAGAUUUGGGGAUUCAGCAAACAUUGUUCUUUGGGCCCAAUAGUAUGUAUGUGCUUCGACUUCCAUUCAUCUAUCAAGACGAAAAGGGAGAUCCUUUGGCUAUGGAAAAUGCUGUGCUACUUAAAGAUUAUAUCAAAUUUCAUUUUAAGGCAAGUGAGAAAUGGAUUUAA